GAUAUUUGUGGUUUUUUUCUCCCCUUAAAUCACCAAAUCUUAUUUUUAAAGCUACCUUUUAUUUGUGCCUCCUAUUUAUCAUGCAGAUGUUAGAAGCAGCAGUCAUCCAGCCACAGAGGGAGCUAAAGUUAACUAACCAGAACUGUAGAAAUCAUCAUACAUGCCUUUGACAACAAAGGAAGUUCAUAAGAAAGCCAUGUUGGCUUUUCCUCUACUAGACACACAUUGGAGGUAGAUGAACAUUUGCCAAAUGAGAAAAAAAGACAAAGUCAGGAAAGACAAACUGUUUUCCAGCUUCUCAAAAGCCAUGGAAAGUAGAAACCAAAACCAGUGGGAAAUUUUAAAAAACCUUUUAAGUCUCACUUUCUAGUCCCAUGCAGGGGUUAAAAUUUGACUCAAAAUGCAAAGUCUAACAAUUUUGGUUUUAGGCUUUUACAUCUAAAGAUGGAUAACUAUUUCAGUUUGAUUUUUUUUUUUUUUUUUUCAGGUAAUAGAGAAAGCUGCUAGUGAUUUUAACCCCUGCUGAAAGGAGACAGAUAGUUUCAUUUGGGAGCAAAUACUUAUUGCCUUGAGAAACAGCACUAUAAUGGUCUAUAUUCAUUAGUUGUAGAAUAACCUUUAUCCCUUUCAAGCUAUGCAAAUUAUUAAAUAAGUGUAAAUUAGAAUUCAGUUAAAGAGAGUUGAUGAUGUUGCAAUCAGAUGGCAUUCACAAACUUAACUGAAGCAUAUACAAAUAAAAUCUAAUAGUUUAAGUUUUUUUUUUAAUGCUGACAUAAAUAUAAUUUAGCUACCUAAUGCUGAAUACUAUUAACAUUGUAUGAUAGGUCUGGGAAGACUGCCUCCUUUUUUUGAAGAGAGAGAUUAAGAAUUUUUAUAAUUGUUUUUCAUCAAAUUUUAAUAUUUUCGUCAAGGUUUUAGGUAUUUAAUUUGUAAAACAGUUUGCUUUGUACUGGCAUACAGAUAUUAGGGUAUUGAUUUUAAACUUUUUGAAGCCAAGUGAUCAAGUACAUUUGUAAUAAAAAUCAAUGGAUCUCUAUCAGUUGUACUCACUGUUUUCAUUUCUUGUUAUUAUCAAUGUAGGAAUUUGUACCUUUUCCUGCAGGAAAUAGAGCUAAAUUUGGGUAGAAGGGGGUGGGGAAGAGAAGUCUGUUGAGAAUAAUCUGUGUGGAUUUGGUGGCCCAAGCACUUCAUAGCAUAAGUAAGAUUUAGUGUGUUAGAAAAGAUGUAAUAUCAUCAUCUUCUUCCUGAUUUUUUUUUAAAUGGAACUUCAUGUUUAGAGAAGUUAUCUCAGUUUUGUUUUUGCGCUUUAAAAUUUUUAAACACAUUUUUCUCUCAUGACAUUUUGGGAUAAUCGGCCAGCCAUGGUGACCCCACCAUGGGCAUGGAAUUAUUUUUGUCUUUACAUGGCUUACCCUCUCUUCUCCAGUGUUUUCAUUAGUUUUUUUUUUUCUUCGUGUUUUACACUCAUAUUUCCAGAUGAUUUUAGAAUGGGGCUUCCUGAAAUUACUUGGGUAGCUUUCAUAACUCCAGCUUCUUUAAAUACAUAAGUGUACUUUUAGUAUUUUAUUCCCCAUAAAAACAGGAAAUCAUAUUUCUCCUUUUUUGUGGUUUCUUGGAUAUCAGGAUAAGAUUUUGUUUACUAUGUGAAAGAAAAGGCUAAGACAAGGGCGUCUUGAGCACUUUAGAGUUGAAACAGUGGGUGAUUACUGAGUGUAACAUUCAUGGUUGUUAUCUCUAAAUUUGAACAUCUAAUUUAGAGGGAGCUCAUGUUUUGUCAUGAGAAUAGACUAAGGGAGAGAUCUUUUUAAUUGAUUAAGCAAAUUUACCAGUUUUAUAAGUUUGUUUUAAACUUUAGCAAAUUUCAAAACAUUGUUGAAACACUGUAAGCCAAAUUUAGGCCAUUCAUAGUAAUGUACUCCAUAAAACUAAAGUGAUCACUACUUAAGAUGACUGUUUAUCCAGCAGCAUUAAUUACUAUAGCUCUGUAGAGUUUGCAGUGCAUUUUUUUUAAGAAAAGCUGAUUUAAAGAUUUAUGAAGAAGCUAUUUGAUCCUAAAACCAAACCUAAAUUUAAGGCCUAGGCCAUCCAACUUGCUCUUGUUGAGCAGAAAUUUUUUUAUUAUGGGCUAUGUAAUGGUGAUCUGAACUAGCAUUAGUUUGAAUUUCAAGAUUCAAGAGCAACCAGAUGGAAUAUAAGAAAUGUGGCUGGCUUUAAGCUGUUUGCCAUCUUCCGUCUACAAACUGAGUACCAGAUUUUGAUAUUAAAGGAUCUAGGCAUCUUACGUCUUCAGAAAAGUGGACUGUGGAAAGUAGCCUCUUGUUGACGUUUUUCUUGUAAGAACUGUUUAGUUAUUCUUCCAUUUCUGCCUUCAUGUUAGGUUUUGUGUCUCCUUCCAUUACAUUCGGUAUCUUUUUCCCCCCUUCCCUCCCUCUCUCUGUUGUCUAGCUUUUGUGGAAAAUUGUCUUGUUAAUAGGUAUAGAAAUGUAGUGGUGAUCUUUUGUGUAAAAUAAAACUACUUUUUACAGACCAGAAACAUUUUAUUGUUCUUGGAAUCAUAAUAUUUUUGUGCUUCCAUGAAUACAUACUUCAUUGUUAUUAUUAAUUUGCAUAUUUUUAUCAUUUCAUGUGGGGGAUUAAUGAGUUUUAAUUUUCUUGGUUUAGGUUCCACUUAGUAAUUUGGAAGGCCUGUAAGGUUAAAGAUCACACUCUUGUGUUUUGUAAUUGUGAUAUUCUUGCUGGUAUAUUUUUUGGUCUAAGAUGUCUUAAUGCAGAAGGCUUCUAGGAGGAUUUAAGAGGCAGUUAAAAGUUACAAGACAGGUGACAUCUACUCACUUGACUAGCUCAAACAGUAAUAACAAUCAGGUAAUGAUUUACACUCGUUGACAUGUCAAACUCUGCUGAAAUUGACUGACACUUGGCAGUGCAUUUAGUUGUUGGUAGCUCUUGACCUCCUUGCCGAGUAAGUCUGACACUUUGGCUCCUCCAUUCUCCUUUCUUUAUGAUCCUAGUCAUGGCACCCGAGCAUCCCUCCUUCAGAAGUAUCCCUCUUUCCUUUGUACAUAGCUAACUGAUGGUCCAGAAAGAUUUCUGAUUUUGAGGUAAUUUGGUAUUUUUUUUUUUUCUUCCCUGACUGCUGUUUCCCCAUAGUCUUAACUUGGCAAUUUGAAGAGCAUCUAAAUGAGUGCUUGUUAGGAAAUCUGUGAAAUGAAGAGUGUAAGAAGCAUGUGUUUAAGUUACUGAGAACUGAGACUCACUGGUGUGGAAACUGGAGAGCAGAAAGGGUAAAGCUGUUUGUUUGUGAGUGGGGUGUGAGAGAGAGGAGAGAGUGGUUGGAAGUAAAGUAGGAGGGUUUUUAUUGGCAGUAGGAAGAAAUACUAAGAUGAACUCUGAAUGACAGUUGUUGACUAAAAAGUAAGGUUGAGCUUCACUAAGGAGGUGUCAAUGUGUCCAUUGUCAGCUAAGAGAAAACUGUCCGGCUGUAGCUAGUUGUGAUUAUGAUAGGUUGGACAAAUCUGUUUUGAUGUGUAUGAUGAUGGUUUGAGGGUGUAUAGUAUGUCUGCUUCUCUGAACAAAUUCAAGUACCACAAUUGUGAAAUGGCAGCUUUUCUGGUCAAGGCAGAUUGGUGUUAGGAACUUACUAUUUUGGGGGGAAAAGAACCAGUUCAACCUUUUUCAUUUGCCAUUUUUAAGUUGUCAGUGACAUUUAUCAUAUACUAUUAUCUUGGGCUCUUGUCACAGUGUAGCUUAUGUUUGCAUUUCAAGAUUAUCCUUCUAGUCCACAAGAUCGACACCCAAAGGGCCUUCUUUUACAGACUCUAGCCUUUGGUCCACAUACGGUUUUUGGAAGACAGUAAAGCAGAUACAAUCACUGAAUUGCUAUUUUAAGUAUCUUUUAUAUUUCCUUUAUAUUUGUAGUCUAUCAACCAUCCAACAUUGUGGCUCUUAAAAAGCCCUUGGUAACGUAUUUCUGGAAUUAGACACCAUAACCCCUGAAUUUGUGUUCCUGUUUGUUUUCCUACUUUAAAAUUGUAGAAUUCCCUAAAGAUAGUGUAGACAGGUGUUAAUUAUAAUUUAAUAUAUCUCCCAGGUUCUUGUUCUUUGUAAGAUGAGUUGACAGUGCUUAGUUAUCUAUUCUGUAAUCCCAGAAGUGUUUUAAAUUAUUUAAGGUAAAUAUUUGUUUUUAAAGUUAAUAGUUCAGAUUCAGAUUGACUGUAAAUUUACUAUGGGUUUAUUCCAGGUAAUUUUGACACAUUACUUUCAAGUUUCAUUUUAAUCAGAUCCCUAUACAUUCCUGCAAUAAUUUGUUUUUAAAAUAGUCAAAAGGAAGUUUUGGUCUAUACUUGGAAGGUAUUUUUUCUCGAGGGUCAAGUUCAUUAACAGUAGUGGGAUUAUUUUUACAUAGCUUAUUUUGCAGAGUUGGCACUUAGUACAAUUUUCACAUUUUGUUGUGUGUCAGAUUUUAAAUUGUAGUUAACAUGCUAUAGUUUAAGUCUGUGAAGAGCCUUCUUAAAUAGCUCCUCCCUUAGGAAUUGUUUAAAGAAGUGAAGAACCAGUGCUUUAAAUGACGGAGACAAAUCUGAGAGGUUUCCUUGAGUCUAGGCAAUGGAGAUGAAUGAUAGCCCAUUUCUAUGCUGCACACAGUUUUUAGGGUUUGAUAAUAAUGUAGAAAAGUGCAAACGCAGAACAGACUGUAAAGUGGCCUAUAAAUUUAUAGUUUGCAUUAUUGCACUAUUUAUCUUUGCACUUGAUUUUUUUGGAAAUUAAAGACUAGUCACUUUCACUUUUGUUUCUAGUCUUUUCUAAUUUCUUGCAAAAAUUGUUUUCAAUAUCCCACCCAAAGUUAAACUCAUAUGCAAUUACAUAUGCUUUAUAAGGCCAAGAAAAUAUUUGUUAAUGUUAGCUAUGUAACAGUAAAAUUUGUUUUGAUAAAAUUUUUAGUAUGAAUCUUUUAUUUGCCAAUAAAAUUCUUUAUGAAUGUGAGCUUUAUUAAACUGUUUAAGAAAAGUAAAAGCUUAGAAUAGGAAAUAUGUCUUUGUAUAUGGAAUUGUGUCUUUGAGAUCCAGCUUCCGAGCCUAGUAUGGCCUGGCCUUUGAGUGUUGAUAUGUUUCAUUUAGCAAAUGAUAUGAGUCUUACUGGGCACAUGCUUAAGAAACUGGAAGUAAAAUAGAUGACAGUCCCUCUUUUGUGUCGCUUUCCAUAAAGUUCAUAUAGUUUCUUCGUGGUUUGUGUCACAUGACUGGUAUUACAUGAAAUGACUGUUCCUUUUGAGAAUUUAAGAUUGACUGAAUUUUUGAGAGAUGGGGACAGCAAAGGGUAUGAGACUUUGGUUUAACCAGAGGCAGGCUUAGCUUUCUUGAUGUGCUCUGCACAGAGAACACAGAGUGCACCUGUGAAAUGUGUGAUGCUGUAUUCAGAACUGCAAAAAAAGAAACACUGAAUUUUCUCAAUGGAACAGAGAGAUGUAUUUUUGGCUGGAAUUGUUUUUAUAAGUUACUUAGUGAUCUCAUUUUCUUUUUUUUCCCCUAUAGCUUUUUACACACCUCACACUUAAAACCAGCAAGUAAGAGGCCUCUUUUCAGAUCUGGUUAUUCUGAAUGUGUUCUGGAUAGGGAUGUUGAUCGUGACAUGUUCUUCCCAUGUUCUGCUGGUCAUUGUGGUUCAUACUGUUUGCUAAUUCUGUUGAAAAUUCAGUGAUGUAUUUGAAAUGAGAAUGUUGUCUACGUUAUGGUGUGAAUGUAUGUGGCUAGAUUCCAUUGUGGAGCCUGUAGCUUUGUUUUUAAUUUAAGUAGAAAGUUUAGCCAUAGCCCAGAUUUUAAGGUUAUGUAUAGGAAUUGUGCCAGGUAGUUGUCUAAAUAUGGACCAAUUUUGGAAAUGAAAGUUAAUGAAUAUGGAUUUGACUCAAGAUAAUUCUGUACGUAAAACCACAAGUUAAAGGCUCACAUCAUUAGAGUUACCUACAUUUGAUGGCCUUAGCUCUUUAAAUGUGGAUGACAUUCAGCAUUAUAUCUGUGAAUUUCCUUAGGAAAAGAAAAGAUUCAGUCUUUAUACCUUUUCUUGGAGGCUAAAUUUACUGCAUAUGGAAGUGAGAAAAUUGUAGCAAGUGGCUUUAUUUUUUUAGUGGAGUUUAACCAGCUUAAUUUCUUUUCCUACUUUGAAGCACUUAUUUCCCAAAUAUGAAUAAAGGGAAAGAUCAGCACCCCAGGCCAUUUUUGUUGUCUGCCUCCAUUUAAUCCUAUUAUACAAUAAAUUACGGGUAUCCCUCUUAAGUCCCUGUAAUGCUUUUUUUUGGGGGGGGGGGUCGCAGAUACCUUUGAAAAUCUGAUAAAAGUGAUGGACCCUCUCCCCAGGAAAAAAAAAUGUAUGUAAUACAGAUAAUGUUGCUACAACCUCAGGGUCAUCACUUAUCUUCUGAAAUCCAAGUUAGGAAUUAUUGCUCUGAGCAAACUGUAUAGAAAAUUGUAAUGCAAAUUAACUGAUAAAAUUAGGAGCUAUUGGCUUAAAACGUUUCAGAUUGGAUUAUUAUCACACGGUGGCCCCUACUAGCGAAAUGUAAUAUUGCAACUAGCUUUGUUAGACUUUACAACGUCCAGAUAGAAGGGGAGGAGAAGUGAAGUUCUGAGAGCUAUUUGUAAGGAGUCAGGUCACCUCCAGAUAAGGGGCCGUUCCUGGUUCAAGGUAGGGGUCCAGAUGCCUGACAGCUUUUGCAGGGUAGAGUUUGAUAAACCACAACGCUCAGGAUGCCAAGGGGUUGGCCAUUAUCUUAACCCCUUUCUCACCAAAAGAUUUUAGUUUUGUCUGUUGGGAAAAAAGAUGGCACUAGAGAAAAAUGAGUUGCCUUACAGCUUUGCUGGAACACAUCAGUUUGGUGAAGUAUGGGACACUAGUAUUAUUUUUGAGAAGGUGCAUAAAACCAAAGUAAAUUAUUCUCUAUGUAGAACAUGAUUUACUAGUAACAUUUGUUUGGGUGUAUUAGCUUUGACAAUUUUUACCAGUAAAUACUGACUUUAUUUAAAACUGGGAGUCCAGUUUACAUAUAGGAUAGUUGAUAUAUCCAUCUUUUCCCCAUGUAAAGAAUAGUCUAAAAGAUUUAUGCAUACUUUUUACUUUUCUCUCUUGAUACCAUGGGUGGGGGGGGGGGGAGACUUUGACUCAACAAUUGACAAAUGUCUUCAAAUUCGAAAGUCAAGAAGCAGCACCUUAAGUCUAGCUCCACACCAUUUUAGUGCAUGUAUUAGUUUAAAAAUGGUUUUUGGUGCAUGCCUUUGGGCUUAUUCAAAAGUGUACAAUAGAAAAGUGUAUUUCCUUUCUUAGAAAGGAGAUGUUUUUCUACUUUGCAACAUGUGAUUACAAAAAUCUUCCUCUGUGGGAAGAUUAACCAUGUAUUGAACUACUGAAAAGUAUAUAUUUUUAGAUAUACAGAAGGAAUCUACACGGGGCAGCAUUCAGACCUAUAUAGAAGUCAUAGCAUUCUGUAUAGGACCAAAAGGAAGUAACAUUAAACACUUAAACAGACUUUGUUGGGUAGAAAUACCUUUCGAUCUUGCAUUGACUUCCAAAAAGAAAAUGCCGCAGAAGUUUGCUGAAACUUUUGUUUGAAUUUUCUCUGUCAGUGUAUUUAGCCCAAAUGCAACAGCUUUGGGUUAGCACAAUGUAAGAAUCAAAACACAAAACUUAAAUAGUUCAGUCUGGUUUGCCAAUCCAGCUUGACUGAAACAAGUAACCAAUCACUUGCAAACUGAAAAACUGUCCAACUCCUCUAAGGUUUUGACAAAAUAACCUUGGCUGAUGUGGGAACACUCCUACUUUGAAUUCUGACCUGACAGUGAAGAUUCAUGCUUGACAUGAUUUCAAACCUGACAGUGUCUGUUUAAGGAGUCAUGGUACAGUUUGCUAAUUCAAUCCCAGAUACCUGUUGAUUACCUGUAAGAUCUAGAGUCCAAAGUAGCCAGCAGCCGUAUCCCUGAGUGCUCUGUGCCCAUCAGAUUGUGAAGUAAGCAGAAUUGGGACAGGUCACAGCUCUGAGGAUUGACUUCAGGUGCUGUAGACAGCCCCAGAUUCAAGAAUUAUAUCUGCUUCCUUGGGAGUCAUCACUGAACUAAUGUCCCACACUGCAUUACUUACUGUAGAUGCUCUCCAAGAGGAGGCCCAGAGCACAUGUCCUAAUUGUUUGUGGUACUCAGAGAGGGGGUGCUAACUCUGAUGCCCUGGCCAAAUUCCAGUUUAGGGAUGUGGGUCUUCUUGUCAUUCUAAUUGGAAAUGUGCAUCACUUCUCAUUUUUCCUGUUGCUCUCAGUACAAACUACACAAGUCAGUUCCUUUGCCCCAAUCCCAAGUCUCCAAGAUACUGGUAUUAUAUGGGCCAAAUUCAUGCCUUAUCCUAAUGCAUAAGAGUUGAAGAGUGAGUGAGAUUGAUAUCAUCAGGAUGCCCUGUACUUAGAGGGUGGACUCUUGUGAUGCUUGGGAAUGAAACCAGCCCUCUUUUAGCGAAUGUUAAGAAAUAUGCACUGGUUGGAAGCUUCCAGCCAUAAGGAAUGAGCUGAAACCAGUUUUCCCUCUUUUCUUAUAACAUGAUAAGAGAGUCUGUUGGGUUUUCAGCAGUUGGGGAAGGCCGGAGUUCUGCAGCUUUAAUCUGGGUAACUAAGGUUGUUUUAAUCUGGGUAACUAGCUGGUUUAAUAUGGAUAACUAAGGCUGGUUUGAGCAAGACUUUGGUAAAUUAACUGGGUUCUCAGAUGCCACAGACUCCGUGAUAAGUCACCAUUAUUUUCAAUGGCCGUGAUAGAGUCCCCCUGUAGCCGUUACUUUAAGAUUACAUGCAGAGUUGCUUUAUUUUGAGCUUUUUAUGUACACACAAUCCCAAACUGGAAAAACUUAAAAAGGAAUCCUGCUGUGAAAGGUAUAUAUUACUCUAGAUUUUUCUUACUGUAAAUAUUGUAAGAUUGUAAUACUGUCGAUAUUUUAUUAACCAACAAAUGUUAAUCUAUGUGAAAUCAGACUUAUUUUAAAUGUGCUUCUUAUUUACUGUGUGUGGUCCCUGUUGCUGACAGUAUUAAGUUAUAUUCUGAUGUAAGAUUAACUUUAUUAAAGAAUGUAAACAUUAAUGUUUCCUUAUGGGAAAACAAAUAAAGUAUAAAGAAGACAAUUCUUUUCAUUGAAAUAUACUGUGUAUUUACACUUGCUAGACCCAGCAUCACUUAUAAACUUAGUCACUGUCCAGUUUCAGUUAACACAGCUGACGCGAUUGUGCUCCACUUGAGAGUCUAAGCCUUGGUGUUGUUGGAAUAGAAACAGUUUGUAUUUGUCUGCUGUGAAUCAUCUUGAAAUUUCUAAUCAAGUUUGUAAAAUUUUUAUAGUAAAAAUUUUAAUGACAAUUUAAAAAAUUACCUUCUCUAAAGAAUGGUCAAAACAAUAUCCUUUCAGAAAUAGAGUUGCUCUUUACUAUCUUUCCAAAAUGACUUUGGUUAAAUGGACCAGAUGUAUAUUAGUUAAAAUCUAGGGCUAAGUUCUUGAUAUUCUUUGAGUUUACAAGUUAAUCCUUAUUGGAGUUGUGCCAAUAUACAAUAGAAUAUCAUUAAUUUGCACUGUUUGGGGACCCCAUUUAAAAAUGCUGAAUUUUGCCAACUAAAAAGUAAGCAAAUGCAAUUUUAAAAGUAAAUGUGAGCAUUCUGUGUUAAAUAUGUGCAGUUAUUAUCAUAUGAAGAAGCGCAGUGUGUUGGGCUGUAAUAUAACCAUAUUUGCUGUCAUGUUCUCCCAUCUCAGUGCUGGGAACUCACCAUGUGGAAACCAAGCAACCGUGUUGUGCAUCAGCCGGCUUGAGUUUGUUCAAUAUCAAAGCUGAAGCUAGCGAGGUCUGCUGUACUGCUUAUUGAAGUAUUGUGAUUCUUUUAGGCAUUGAUUCUUACAAAAUAUAUACUGUAACAGUAUACUUUGUACAGAUUUAAAUUUUAUUUGAAAAAUGAAAUAAAGUAGGCAAAAAAUAAA